AAAACUCUGGACUCUUUUCCAGCACGGAGGAUGACGCUGCAGCGUGAGAAGGGUCGUCGGCAGGCAGUUCGUGGCCCUGCAUUCAUGUUCAAUGCACGUGGAAGCAGCUUAACAGCCGAGGAGGAGCGUUUCCUCGAUGCAGCCGAGUACGGCAACAUCCCGGUAGUGCGUAAGAUGCUGGAAGAGUCAACCACCCUUAAUGUGAACUGUGUGGAUUACAUGGGCCAAAAUGGGCUACAGUUGGCUGUGGGCAAUGAGCACCUGGAGGUUAGUGAGCUGCUCUUGCGGCGAGAGAACCUGGCACGUGUUGGCGAUGCCCUCCUGCUGGCCAUCUCAAAGGGCUAUGUGCGUAUUGUGGAAGCACUGUUAGGCCACCCGUCAUUCGCUGGUGAAGAGAGGCUCACGCGCAGCCCAUGCGAGCUGCAGGACGAUGAUUUUUAUUCAUACGAUGAAGACGGCACUCGCUUCUCACCUGACAUCACGCCCAUCAUCCUAGCCGCCCACUGCCACAAAUACGAAGUGGUGCACAUGCUGCUGAUAAAAGGUGCGCGCAUUGAGCGGCCGCACGACUACUUCUGCAAGUGCGCCGACUGCACGGAGAAACACAAGAAGGACUCAUUCAGCCUUUCCAGGUCCAGAAUCAACGCAUACCGUGGUCUUGCCAGUCCAGCAUACCUCUCGCUCUCCAGUGAAGACCCUGUUCUCACUGCCCUGGAGCUCAGCAAUGAGCUCGCCAAAUUGGCCAACAUCGAGAAGGAGUUUAAGAAUGACUACAGGAAAUUGUCUAUGCAGUGUAAGGACUUUGUGGUGGGUGUGCUGGACCUGUGCAGGGACACAGAGGAGGUGGAGGCCAUCCUGAACGGAGACGUAUCUGCAGAGCUGGAGAUGGGCCAGCACCAUCGCUCUCUCCUCAGCAGAGUCAAACUGGCUAUUAAAUACGAAGUAAAGAAGUUCGUGGCCCAUCCUAACUGCCAGCAGCAGCUGUUGACUAUCUGGUAUGAGAACUUGUCAGGUCUCCGAGAGCAGUACAUCGCAGUGAAGUGUCUGGUGGUGCUGGUGGUAGCUCUAGGCCUCCCCCUACUGGCUGUGGGGUAUUGGUUUGCUCCAUGCACCAAGCUGGGUAAAGUUCUUCGAAGUCCCUUCAUGAAGUUUGUGGCUCAUGCUGCAUCCUUCAUCAUCUUCCUCUGCCUGCUGGUUUUUAAUGCAUCUGACCGGUUUGAUGGUAUUACCACUAUGCCUAAUGUCACGGUCACAGACUACCCACUGCAGAUCUUCAGAGUGAAGACCACUCGCUUCUCGUGGACGGAGAUCCUCAUCAUGGUGUGGGUGGCAGGAAUGAUGUGGUCAGAGUGUAAGGAACUAUGGACAGAAGGGCCGAGGGAAUACGUACUGCAACUGUGGAACGUUCUGGACUUUGGCAUGCUGUCCAUCUUCAUUGCAGCGUUCACCGCACGAUUCUUCGCCUUCCUGCAGGCCAUGAAAGCGCAGGAGUAUGUGAAUGAGAAAAUCCAGGCUGCUGACCUCUCUCUGGUCACACUACCACCUGACAUCAAGUACUUCACGUAUGCGAGAGAUAAAUGGCUUCCCUCAGACCCUCAGCUUAUUUCAGAGGGCCUAUAUGCCAUUGCUGUUGUUCUGAGCUUCUCUCGUAUUGCCUACAUCCUCCCAGCCAACGAGAGCUUUGGCCCGCUGCAGAUCUCACUGGGACGCACUGUGAAGGACAUCUUCAAGUUCAUGGUGCUCUUCAUCAUGGUCUUCCUCGCAUUCAUGAUCGGCAUGUUCAUCCUCUACUCUUACUACCUUGGAGCUAAGGUUAACCCUGCCUUUACUACAGUGGAGGAGAGUUUUAAAACUUUGUUCUGGUCCAUAUUUGGCUUGUCUGAAGUCUCAUCUGUGGUUCUGAAGUACGACCAUAAAUUUAUAGAGAACAUCGGUUAUGUCCUGUAUGGGAUAUAUAACGUAACCAUGGUGGUGGUUCUUCUGAACAUGCUUAUCGCUAUGAUCAACAGCUCCUAUCAGGAGAUAGAGGAUGACUCAGAUGUGGAGUGGAAGUUUGCUAGGUCUAAACUCUGGCUGUCAUAUUUUGAUAACGGUAAAACCCUACCACCUCCCUUCAGUAUCGUGCCCAGCCCCAAGUCCUUCGUUCACUGCAUCAGCAAACUCAUUAGCCUGUUACGUUGCCGACGGCAACCGCUCAACAAAGAUGUGGAGCUUGGCAUGGAGAACUCCAAGUCUAGACUAAACCUGUUUACGCAGUCCAACAUGCACAUGAGUGAGUCGCACAGCUUCAACAGCAUCCUCAACCAGCCCACACGCUACCAGCAAAUAAUGAAACGGCUCAUAAAACGCUACGUCUUGAAAGCACAAGUGGACAAAGAAAAUGAUGAGGUCAAUGAAGGCGAGCUGAAAGAGAUCAAGCAGGACAUUUCUAGUCUGCGCUACGAGUUGUUGGAGGACAAAUCCCAGGCCACAGAGGAGCUCUCAACGCUCAUUCAAAAACUCAGUGAAAAAAUACACACAUCUUAAUCUCACCCUGUUACAGUGAGCGUCUCUCAAACAGCCAGGAUACUGUGGAUCAUCACGUUCGAGAUGAGAUGAUUAGUUCGGUUGUGGCUUGUUGCCAGUGGAAUGUGGAUAGA